CCUGAGCCCGGCCUCUGGCCAGGAACAUGCGGUCGUGUUCCGUAGUGAGUGAGCUGAAAAGCAGCCUGCUAAAGCAGAUAUACCUGUUCGACUGUCAAGGUGUGGAUCAUGGGAGAACAGCUGUUAAACAACAGCAUCCUUGAUCGAUUUAUUAAUAGCCAUGAGCAGUCAUAUGAAGAGUUUCUAAAUACAUUCACUUAUCUUUUGAAAGAGGAAGAGGGGAAGACAAUUGAAGGAAGUAAAGUGGACUCCUUAAGAAAAACAUUUUCUACUUCUGAAUUAUCAAAUAAAAAUAAAGAGGAUGGCUCACCUGGCAGAAGCAAAGAAAUGUGGGUGUAUCUUCCACCACAGAUGCCAAAUGAGAAUGAGACAGUGACGAAGGAGAGCUGGAAAGCUGGUGGCUCUGAUGGAAAUGAUCUCAGUCUGUCUGAAAGAGUGAAGGUGGACAAGUACUUAGAUUUGGAAGAUACAGACACAGAUGAAGAGACAUGCAGUGCAGGGUCAUUAGUUCUCCCAGGAGAGGUGGAACAGACAGUGACUUAUUGUACACCCUUUUUUGAUAAGCCUAUUCAGCUGAAGUUCAGAACCUUGUCAGUUCCACAGCCAUCAGACAGCAAAGCCCAAGAGCUACUAGGGGAUGAUGUUCAACCAUUCUCACUUGAUGAAGAAUUUGAUUAUGACAAUAUGGCACUGACCCCUAAGUUCUCUGAAGCUGAGCUGAAGGCCAUUAUAGAAUUGUCUGAAGAGAAGAAAACGGGGACAGAUGUCAAGACAGCAUGAACUGAAGACUGAGUCAAAGGCAUUCUGUGCAGUGCUGAUGAAAUAACAUUUUUAGGGGGUAAAUCUAGCUCUUCAUUGUACCCUUAUUUAGUGUUUUUAUCUGUGUGGCCAGUAAAUGACAUCCUCAAGAUUUUUUUGUUUUUUUCUACCAAAGUGCCUGAGCCCAAGGUUGCCUUUCCCUGUACCUCCUCCUAGUCCUAAUGAAAGCACAGAAUAGGAAGACGGUGCUUGCCCAGAGUUGCUUGUAUAGUAGCCCUUCAGCCAGAGAGGAAGUAUUUCCAUCCUUUUUAUAUGUCUGUACACUGAUUUGCUGAGGCAUUCAGGUUGGCUAAGGAGGUCUGUAUUUGUCCCUAAACCCAACGGGAUUUUUGUGUAGAUCAGUGACCUUCAAUAUUUUUAGGCCCCAGUGCUCAGCUACUUUGUUGUUUUCCAGGUGGUACAAGGCAGUUGGAAGGAUGUCUCAAAUGACAGCCAUAAAUUCCCUUUUGUAGAAAAAUCCUUGAGCGGGAUGAAUCCUGUAUUGGCUCAGGCUAGGUAUGCUGGAGUAAUUGCUCCAUAGGACCAAAACAAGCUGGUGGAAUUCAGAAUAGCACUAUGGCUACUCUUGCUUAUAUGUGGUACUGACUCAGUUCCUGACUAGCGCAAAGCUAGUCCUAAAGCUGCCUUUUACCUAGUUCUUUCAGUAAUGUAAAUAAGAGCUUUUUGCAGCUGACAAAUCAGUCUAUAAACUCUUUCCCUAUCAUUAUAAGACUUAAAUAUACAGUUCUAUGAGUGAAUAAAUCUGGGAAUAUUGGGGUUUUCUCUCUGUCUUUUGAGUUACUUCAGUUCUGCAGAGAAAUAAAUAUUCCUGUUUCCAAUAAACUUUUUGAGUUGAUGAAAAUUGACAUGGUGCAACUCCUAACAAUUAAAACAUGAACUGCUACAAAAAGCCUUCCACACAGAGGAAAAAAUAGUGAUCUCAUCCAUUAAAGGAAUUGGUGUUGA